AUGGCAAGGAACGCGAUUCAACCAAGUUUCGACUUCUUCACGGGCGAGGAGCGCUCGCCUGCGCGACAAGGGCUGCGCGAGACGUUCCGCCAGUCUACUGCCACAGUCGCGCGUUCUGAUGUGGCCAAUGAAUCCUUACGCGCACAGCUCAACACGCUACAAUACGAACUCGAUUCGCUGAAACAGGAAAAGGAGCUCACUGCCCUACAGCAAGCCAGCGACAUUCGCGAUGCCGAACAGCGCGCAAACCGUGACUUUCAGAGAGCCCACGCCGCAGAGACUGCUGCACAACAAAGUGCCAAAAAGCUGGAUCAUCUGACCCGUGAGCUGAAUGAUAUCGAGAACCGACACACCAACGACAAGAUUCAGCUGGAGCGCAAGAUCCGGACCCUCCAAGAUGACAACCAGAGUCUAAGGGAGGAUCUCGAAGAGUCCGAGUCGCGUCUCUCGUCCGCCGAGAGAGAACACAAGCAUGCCCUCAAUGACAUCGAAGCAAGACACCUAGCUCUGCAGGCUUCAUUCGAAGAAGCCCAGAGAGACUUGGAGUCAAAGGUCUCUACUCUGCAGGCUACACAACAACGUUUGUCGCAACGCGAAUCCGACAAUGGCAAUCUUGAAAAUGAGAUCCUGCGACUCAAAGCCCAGACUGGCGACUCGGACACUCUGGCCAUCAUCAAGCGCGAGCUCUCGGAGCAAGUCGCUCACAUCAAGAGACUUGAGUCCACCAAUCGCGACCAAUCUGCCGACCUCAAGCAGCUGCGUAAGACCCACAAGAGCGUCGAAAUCGUUCAAGAAGAGAAGCGUGCUCUGGAACAAAAAGUCCGCGCCAUGGAUGAUUUGCGCAAGGAGCUCGCAGAGGCACAAUUACAGAAGCAGAUCCUCGAAGACGAAAGACGUAGCUGGUCGAGUUAUCUGGAGAGUGAAGCCGCUGGAAGAGAGGAAAUGGCUUUCGAAUCACCAGAGGACAUGGCCAAGGCCUUCGUCAACGAGCGCAUGGAAAGGAUCACACUAAUUGAAAAGCUGGGCGCCAUACAACCCGAACUUACCGUGCGUGAUGCCAACAUCAAAACGCUGGAAGAUGAGAAGGUCCAACUUCGUGCCGAGAUCGAGAAGCUCAAGGACGGUGCUGGCAAUGCAUCGACUACUGCUGUUCCUGUAGACGCAAAAGCCCGUGCACGACUAGAACGCCAGAAAAACCUGGCAAUCAAGGAGGUCGAGUACCUACGAGCACAGAUGAAGGCGUUUGAAGCUGAAGAGAACGAGUUUUCACCAGAGAAGACGAAUCAGGAAGAGAACAAGCGUAUCCAGGAGCUCGAGACGCUUACAGACCAGUAUCGCUCUGAGGUCGAGAACCUGUCUGCAGAGAUGAAGCAAUUGGAAACCAGCACUCCUGCUGCGCCAACACCAAGUCUGAAGCGUCCACACCCAGAGGAGUCGGACGAGCGACUAGGGGAGCUGCGCCGUAAGACACGCGUACUCCAAGACGACCUCGCAGCACUCCAGACUCGCUACUCAAUCACCGAGACCGAGCUGAAGGCCAAGACUAGCCAACUGAACGCUCUGCGUGAGUCUUCACGGACGAGAGUGCUCGAGCUACGCGACAACCCAACUGCCCAAGCUGAAGCCGUCAAGAUGACGACCCUCCGCACCUUGAAGGAGGAAAAUGCAGCACUACUCGAGCAGCUCGAAGGCCGACCGAACGGUGCAACAAAGGUCGUACCCAUCAGCACGCUGGAUCACGCCCGCCUCCAGAUGAGCGAACUCGAAGCCACAAUCGCUCAACGCGACAAGAAACAACAACGCCUAAAAACGAUCUGGUCCGCCAAAUUCCUCGAAUUUGCCGAAGCAGUCGCAGCAACGCUGGGUUGGAAAGUGGUGUUCCAGCCAAAUGGCCGUUUCAAGGUUACUUCCAUCUUGUAUCCGACAUCCAUCAACAAGGAUGGCGAAGAAGAGGAAAAUUCUAUUCUAUUCGACGGCGAGAAGGGUACUAUGAAGGUAUCUGGUGGUACGGAAAGUGUGUUUGCCAACGAGAUACGUCCACUCAUCGAGUUCUGGGUCGAUGGAAGGAAGGAAAUUCCUUGUUUCCUGGCAGCUUGCACUUUGGAGUUUUAUGACAAGACGACCAGAGCUGCUGAGCUAUAG